CCUUGCUAAUUGCUAUAUAGGAGGGUGAUGAAACACGUUCUUCAAUUGAGCAACAGUGAGAACUAAGUAAUUGAGACUGGUACUUAGCUUGUGGAGUGGAGGUGUGAGACGAUAUGGCUUUGGGAGGAAGAGAAGUGAUGUUGGCAGCCUUUGCCUUGGUCUUGUGGCUUGGCGCAGUGGGAGCACAAGGCCAGCUCCAGGUUGGUUACUACUCCCACAGUUGCCCUCGAGCUGAAGAGAUUGUGAGGGAGGAGAUAGAGAAGGCCCUCAAGGACGAUGAAGGUGUCGGAGCUGACCUGCUUCGGAUGCUUUUCCAUGAUUGCUUCGUCAGGGGCUGUGAUGGUUCCAUCUUUUUAGACUCCACCAAGACUAGCAAAGCGGAGAAGGACGCGAAGAUCAACCUCGAGCUGGAGGGGUUCGAAAUUAUCGACGCCGUGAAGAAGAAGCUGGAAGCUGCCUGCAAGGGAGUCGUUUCCUGCGCUGACCUCCUCGCAUUCGCGGCCAGAGACGCCGUUGUUCAUUACGGAGGAAUCCACUACAGGGUGCCGUCGGGCAGAAAAGAUGGCCGGAUCUCCGUUGAAUCCGACGCCGACACCCUCCCGUCGCCGAACUCUAAGCUCGCCAAGCUCACCGACUUGUUCAUCUCCAAAGGACUGAGCCAGCAAGAUCUCGUCGUCCUCUCUGGAGCUCACACGGUGGGCAUUGCGCACUGCGACGCCUUCGAGAAGCGGCUGGAUUCUCAGGACCCGACGCUGGACAGAAAGUACGCGAGGGCGUUGAGGAAGCAGUGCCCGGCCAAGAGCAACAACACGGUGUCGAUGGACCCGCACACGCCGCACAAGUUCGACAACCACUACUACCGCCUCGUCCUCCGCAACCGCGGCCUCUUCACCUCCGACCACACCCUGCUCUCCACCCCCAGCACCGCCUUCCAAGUCAACCAACUCGCCUCCAACUACAAGCGCUUCCAGCUCAAGUUCGCCGCCUCCAUCGUCAAGAUGAGCGCCAUCGGCGUCCUCACCGGCUACCCCGGAGAGGUCCGCACCAACUGCAGACGCGUCAACUGACCAUCGAAGCUAGCCCAUGCCGCCAUGCAUCUCCAUUAUUGGUGUUAAUUACCAACAACUGUACACUGGCUUGUUCCUUCAGCAUUCAAAAUUCGUGAAUCGUUUGUUCUCAUUUUCUCCCCUCUGUAAUCGUCAAUAAUUGUUAAAGAUGUGUUGUCAAAA